AUUACAAUUCUCUGCCUUGAACUCGAGCCGAGGUGCACAAGCUAGAUGGCAGGAAUAGUGGUUCCACGUUACGCUGUGCUUGUGUCACCGUAACACAUCAUCCACUUGCACGGAGCCGACGUUUCCUCGAUGUCAAUCACUCACCCGAAUAGCAACAUUUAUGGAUACUAACUUUUUCCGCAGGGACCUGGAAACCGGAAGAGUUGCGCCACAUCGGCGAAGUCUUCACAUGAGUGAGCGGCGCACAGCGCGGAUAAAAUGCAACGUAUACGGCCGACUGAUCGAUUCAUACGCAUAAAAAACUGGAAGGGUGGCACACUUCUCUUGUACAUGUUUGAUCCUUUAAUCGCAAAAAUAAUAGACUGGUUGGGUUUGGUAGGCCGGACUGGCAUGGGAAUCGGCUUCUGUUUUGGCGAAGGGAAAGAGCAUGGCCUACGCCUAACUCACCAAGUCUACGGCAUAGACCUCGGCCAUCACUUCUCUCCGCGAAACCCUGUUAAUUCUUUACCUAUGGUCCAUCAUGUGGAAUUCGGCCCAAACACACACACACACACACAAAAGCAGGAAUGGAUAUUGGCGUUACCCAACAUGCCCUCUCUUCAACUUCAAGCGCUGAAGUUUAGAAGGGAUUCUCUUUGGCGGCUGCUCGUCGGAUGGUUUGGAUCUUCAACUUUUAUACUAGACGGUUCGUAUGUACGACCAUAGGCUUGGCAGGAAUAGCAAACAAGCGCAAGUGGGGUAUCACACGACUUUGGUGACUUUCAGAGGCUUGUUUGUUUGUGUUUGGAGUUAUGGAUGGGAGCGUGGAGUUUGGUGCUUGGGACUUCGUACU